AUGGCCGUGCAAUUCACUGACGCGGUCCCGGUCCCGGUCCCGGUUUCCGCCAGUAAGGAUGAUGUGGGCAUCACAGUGGCAUCUCUGUCCAGUAGCAGCGCAGGCACACCAAAGCAUAGCCGUUUUCUCAUCCAGUCACCAUACUCGGACGCAGACCAUUUGCUCGACCUGGAGACAUUAGAUCAAGAGAAUGCUCUCCUGGCACGUGCCUUGACAGUGAUGCAACACACUCGCGAAGACUAUGCCACGGCGCCAUACGAGGACUCCUUCAACUGGGACGACAUCUUCGUGGAGCUGAAGCGACUGGUGGCGGAAGAAGGGCACAGCUUCAAGCAGACGAGCUUCUAUGUCGUGGCCUUUCGGUCACAAAUCAAGGCUGAGACUGAAACCUCGCACUUGGGAGCAUUGGACAAAGCGGCUCAUGCUGAAGCGGUCGCGAGCGGCGGAUUCCUCAAAUACUGGUUUGGACGCCCGAAUGCUGAUCGGAGGAAUCUGGCUACGUGUCUCUGGCGCUCACGCGAGAAUGCGAUUGCUGGUGGCCGGGGCCCAGCGCACCGCAAGGCGGCUGGUUCGACAAGGUCACUGUACUCGCACUGGAAAAUUGACCAGCACCGCCUGACAAUUGGCGAGAACGCCAAAAGCUGGGAGAUCAGCCAGUGGGACUGA